AUGAGCCAGUCCUUGGCAGCCCUCGCAGCUCUCGAGUCGCUGCCACAGCCUCAUCUUCAAGUGCUUUGUGGAACCACCAGUCAUGGCGUCAACGCGGAUGGCCAUGACUGCGUGCUACAGGCGGAUCUGGGCGUUCAGACAAGCCUCUCUGCCGAGCCCCCACGGUGGACGUUCCUGCUCACACCGGCACUCGAAGCCUUGCUGCGACAAGAGCCCCAGUGGCGCCUGUAUCUCCGUGCGAAGUCCCUGGCAGGUGCUGACUCGGGUAUCUCGCUACAUGUGGUUCGAAAUGAAGAUCUGGCAGGUCUUAGGAUGAGCUCAGCCUCCAUUGCCGUGGCUGCCAUCUUGCAGGCAUCUCCCAUCCAGCAACCAUGGUACAUCGGAGCACGCUCCCAGCUGCCUUGCGCUGAGAUGGUGGCAGAAAGCGCCGGGAUCCGCGGUCGAGGGCUGCUGGAGGUGGCCAGCGCAGACAAGGCUGCGGCCGCCCCCCCGUUUGGCCUUUUCUGUGAUGGCUGGUGGGAGGCCGUACUGCAGGAUCCGCGACCCAAAUCUGACGAGGCACUUUUCCUGGAGGAUGUGAUCAUAGCCGUGCGCGUGCCGACGAACGAGGCCGGGGCCAGGCUUUCCCUUCGUGCUUUCUGCUGCCUGACCCGGAGCGCCGACGCGGAGCCUCACCCAUUGUCUCCUCCUGCCCUCCUCGACUGCGCCCUUGCGCCCGGGCUCCAUUUGCUGCGUUCUCCUGUUGGGCGUCGGAGCCGAUACCUUCGCAUCUCCAUGUCGGGCUCGGUCGUUCUCCUUGGCGUGGAGGCCUUCUGUGCAGAGCUGCUGCCGCCAAGUGGAACCCUACGUCAGUGCCUGGCGCGCGUGGUCCGUGCCUACGCUCCUCAACCUGCUGUGGCUGUCAGAGCCGGAGAAGGCUUUCAGAAGUUCUCGUACUCUGCACUCUGGAGCGACGUUGAAUGCUUCUCCUCGGCAAUGCGCUCUCGCUACGAUCUCGACACCAAGGUCGCACAGGACGAGGAUGUCGUGAUAGCGUGGAUUGGCAGCACGUGCCUGGAAGCCUUCUUCUGCUUUCUCGCCUGCAUGGCAAACCAGUGGUGCUUCAUGGCACUGGGCAGUUCGCAACUCGCGGCCCUCAGCGUGGCUCUUCCCACGUUGACUGUUGGGGAGCAGCCGUCGGAGCUCAAGGUGCCCCAUCUGCCAAGUGCAGAAGUCGGAGAAUUGGUGCGGCAAGGCCGCCGCCUUCCAGAAGGGCCCCAGGCAUCGCUGCGUAGGUCGGCGAGCAUGAUCUUCACUUCCGGUUCUACGGGGACUCCGAAAGCCAUCCGCCGUGACCAUGAGGAGCUCUACUCCUUUCUGUGGCUCUAUGCGAAAGCAGCAACCCCUGACAGCCCAUGCCACCUUGCCUACCAGCCCUAUUCGCACAUGAAUGAGCAGCUUGGCACCGCAGCAGCCUUCUUGCAAGGCUCUUGCUUGGCGUUUUCCAGCGCACAGACUGCCUACGCCGAUGCGCGAAUCGUCGAGCCCACCGGCAUUCAAGGAGUUCCACGAUUCUUCGAACCGCUGCUGAGCGUCUACGAGAGCAAGGAGGCUACCCUCGAGGAGCUGCGCUUGAGCUUUGGGGGCCGCCUGCACAGCCUUACGACGGGGAGUGCGCCAGUGACAAAGAGGCUUUUCGACUUCCUGCGGCUGUGCUUUGAGUCGUGCAGCUGCAGCGUGACGAACAGCUACGGAGCUACAGAAGUCGGCCCUAUUGCUCACAACGGCCGCGUGAAUCCCAACGUGGAGGUGAAGAUAGUUCCUUUGACUGCUCUCGGCCACGACCCAGGAGGCUUCACGGGUGAGGUCCGGGUACGCUGCAAGAACACGCGUGUGCAAGCUCAAGCAUAUGUUGGAGCUACUCUUGCAUUGGACGAGGACGGUUUCUAUUGCACCGGUGACAUCGGCUGCUACAAGGACGACUUCUUGGAGCUUCUAGGUCGUGUCGGGAACGUCGCCAAAAUGGCGAAUGGAUUGUUCCUCUCUGCCGAGGGUCUUGAAGAGAAGUAUGCCAGUCUCGUCCAGGACCUCGACCAAGUCUUCAUCAUUGCCAAUCCCGAAGAGAAUACGGUCGCGGCAGCCUGCGUCGUGCAGCCCCGGAGCUCUUUGGAUGACAAGCAACUCUUGUCCAAGAUGCAGCAAGUUGCGAUGGAGCAGGGGCUGGGCAAGCACGAGGUGGUGUCCCGGGUCAUUCUCGAAAGCCAGCCGUGGACAUUCCAGAACGGUGGGCUGCUCGAGAACCAGAAGAUCAAUCGCCCUGCUCUGCUAGCCCGCUACAAGGAGAAGCUGCUGUCUGCUACCUUGGAGCGCCCCAAGGACUCUAUGGAGAUGGUUCGGCUGAUGGCCGAGGCAAGACGGCGAGGAGUUGCUCUGCAGCCCGCUGCGCUUGUUCAAGAGCUGGUGAAGGCCGACCUGGCCGCCGCCCCUGCCGUGAGUGUGCCGCCAGCCGCCAUCUCGGCAAAACGUUUCCUCGUGACGGGUGCCACUGGACUCCUGGGCCGCGAGCUGGUGGCCAGCUUGCUGGCGGAUGGGAAGCAGGUGGUUGCUCUCGUGCGAAAACAUGACGGCGAGCUGCCGGUGGCCGUGGAGCAAGUGCUGGGGGACGUGUCGCAUGCAUCGCUUGGCACCGAACUUGAAGAGAGAAAGUUCGAUGCCAUUUUCCACGCGGCGGCUGUGGUAAACUGGGCCUUGAGCUAUGCACAGCUUCGACCGACGAACGUUGUCGGCACCUGGCAGAUGGUCCAAGUGGCGAUGCAGCGAGGCGUGCCUUUGUUCUACAUCUCCACGAUUUCUGUGGCGGCUGGUGAAGCCGGAACGAAGGAUCGCGAGGAUUUGCAGAAUGGAUACGUGUUGACCAAACUGGCUGCUGAAGCUUUCGUGCGGGCUGCUUUCUCGCGCGGUCUUCAUGGUGCAAUCUUUCGACCUGGCAUGCUGUGCGGCAGCACCACAACAGGAGCCGGUCGUGCUGACUUCUUCCCUGAUCGAUUUCUGCAAAGCUGUCUUCGUUUGGGAUGCUGUCCGGAGUCUGACGCCGUUUGCGAUUGGACUCCUGUGGACUAUGCAGCGAAGGUGAUCGUCAGAGCCGCUGCGCGGAGCUCUGUGCUGGGCCGAUCGUUCCACGUGUACAACCCACGCAGUCCAAGCUACGCUGCUCUUGCGACGCUCCUUCGCGUGCCACCGGUACCGCUGCAGAUCUUCUGGCAGAAGGUGCGAGACGAUCCGGAGAAUCCAAUGGCGCCGCUGGAGCCCUUGCUUGCAGGGAGCCUUCCUGUGGUGGACGAUUGGGGAGAUGCGAACCUCCAGCAGGUGCUAGGCGCGGACUACAAUCCACCCCAGCUCACCGAGGACACUCUUCGCUAA